AUGGCCUCCAUCUUUGAUUUUAAUGGCAUUGAAAAGUUGGAGAGAGAAAGAAAUUUGUACCAAGGGAGUGGAGAGGGGAUGGGGAUUGAUGGAACAGAGCUUUUUGACUUUGUCAAUGGACAUUCAUUGUGGCCUAACUACUUGGAAGGCAAGGAAAAGGACAGCACCAAGGGAGAUCAAAUGAUCCUCUAUGCUUCCUUAAAUGGACUGAGAACCUGUAUUAGGGUGAUCAGCAGUCUCAGUUGUGAAGUCAUGAUCACUCCAGACCAUCACAGUGAUACCAACACUGAACCACUUGUUUUAGGAACAUUCAUGAAAAACAAUAUGUUAGCCUUCAGCCCAAGCAAGGUCUUUGCUCCUCCUCGAAAAAAGAGGAAAGGAGCACGGGCUCAUAUUCCCGAACAGCGGCUAGUAAACGAUCCAAGGCAACUCAGGAAACGAGCAAAACAGCGAGCGAGUGAAAAGCAACGGAGUCGGGAAAAGAGUAAAUGCGAGGCGAAUGCUCUUCGGCGCGGAGGCUGUCCAAUCAGAAAACGACUGGGUACGAUUUUACCAAAAAUGACGAUUGAGCGGCAGGAUAAGAGAAUUUUGAAAUCUUCCCUGCGUUCUUACUUGGAAGGUUUCCACGAUUGGGUUCUAAUGCCGACGCAUUUUAAAGUAGCCUUUUAUUGGUUCGUUGUUGUGGCAGGUUCAUUCAUCCACGAUUUUCUACCGCUUCCUCAGUCCUAUCUCUCGAACAAGAGGAAUGUCUUAAACGUGUAUUUUGUCAAGUUUGGCUGGGGUUGGACACUUCUUCUUCUGAUUCCCUUCAUAUCCUUUACUUCGUCCGUGUACACUUCGUUGAAUCCGUUAGCGAUACUGAAACAUCUUAGUAGGAUGGCUGUAGCCACAUGUGGAUGGUAUUUCUGGGUGAAUCUGUUUGUUUACAUCGAGGAGUUGACCGGCUUUUGCGAAGGAGAAGAAACGUUGAUUUCAAAGAGGAGCUGCUAUCAAGAGGGAUUUUACUGGAAUGGUUUUGAUAUAUCGGGACACUGUUUUCUUCUAACUUACAGUGCACUGGUUAUUAGUGAAGAACUACAACCCAAACUUCAUUGGCCGUCAAUAACGUCGGCUGUUGUACAAACAAAUCCUGAAAAUAUUAAUGGCUUUCAACACAGGAACAUUGCUCGACUAGUAACCCCUUUUGUAGACGUUUUUUCUCUCUUUGCAGGCCUCCUUUCAAUCUUGUGGGAGUUCAUGCUUGUGUUCACCACAAUUUAUUUUCACACUGUUCAUCAGAAAGUUCUUGGGGCUGGUAUAGCGAUAUUUACCUGGUAUAUCACUUACAGAGUCUGGUAUCAUGAUGCACUGUCACCAGGACUGCCUUGGGUCCCUAAUGAUUAA